AUGAUCAAGGCAGAAGAAGAGGAGUUUGUGUCAGAGGAGGGAGAGGAGCAGGUCAAAGAGGGAGAGGAGCAGGUCAAAGAGGGAGAGAAACAGGUCAAAGAGGGAGAGAAACAGGUCAAAGAGGGAGAGGAGCAGGUCAAAGAGGGAGAGGAGCAGGUCAAAGAGGGAGAGGAGCAGGUCAAAGAGGGAGAGGAGCAGGUCAAGGAGGGGGAGGAGCAAGUCAAAGAGGGAGAGGAGAAGAUCAAAAAGAGAGAGGAGGAGGUCAAAGAGGGAGAGGAGCAGGUCAAAGAGGGAGAGGAGCAGGUCAAAGGGGGAGAGAAACAGGUCAAAGAGGGAGAGGAGCAGGUCAAAGAGGGAGAUGGAGAGGAGCAGGUCAAAGAGGGAGAGGAGCAGGUCAAAGAGGGAGAGGAGCAUGUCAAAGAGGGAGAGGAGCAAGUCAAAGAGGGAGAGGAGAAGAUCAAAGAGAGAGAGGAGCAGGUCAAAGAGGGAGAGGAGCAGGUCAAAGAGGGAGGGGAGCAGGUCAAAGAGGGAGAGAAACAGGUCAAAGAGGGAGAGGAGCAGGUCAAGGAGGGUGAGGAGCAAGUCAAAGAGGGAGAGGAGCAGGUCAAGGAGGGGGAGGAGCAAGUCAAAGAGGGAGAGGAGAAGAUCAAAGAGAGAGAGGAGCAGGUCAAAGAGGGAGAGGAGCAGGUCAAAGAGGGAGGGGAGCAGGUCAAAGAGGGAGAGGAGCAGGUCAAGGAGGGAGAGGAGCAAGUCAAAGAGGGAGAGGAGAAGAUCAAAGAGAGAAAGGAGCAGGUCAAAGAGGGAGAGGAGCAGGUCAAGGAGGGGGAGGAGCAAGUCAAAGAGGGAGAGGAGCAGGUCAAAGAGGGAGAGGAGCAGGUCAAAGAGGGAAAGGAGCAGGUCAAAGAGGGAGAGGAGCAGGUCAAAGAGGGAGAGGAGCAGGUCAAGGAGGGGGAGGAGCAAGUCAAAGAGGGAGAGGAGAAGAUCAAAGAGAGAGAGGAGCAGGUCAAAGAGGGAGAGGAGCAGGUCAAAGAGGGAGAGAAACAGGUCAAAGAGGGAGAGGAGCAGGUCAAAGAGGGAGAGGAGCAGGUCAAAGAGGGAGAGGAGCAGGUCAAAGAGGGAGAGGAGCAGGUCAAAGAGGGAGAGGAGCAGGUCAAAGAGGGAGAGGAGCAGGUCAAAGAGGGAGAGAAACAGGUCAAAGAGGGAGAGGAGCAGGUCAAAGAGGGAGAGGAGCAGGUCAAAGAGGGAGAGGAGCAGGUCAAGGAGGGAGAGGAGCAAGUCAAAGAGGGAGAGGAGAAGAUCAAAGAGAGAGAGGAGCCGGUCAAAGAGGGAGAGGAGCAGGUCAAGGAGGGGGAGGAGCAGGUCAAAGAGGGAGAGGAGCAGGUCAAGGAGGGGGAGGAGCAAGUCAAAGAGGGAGAGAAACAGGUCAAAGAGGGAGAGGAGCAGGUCAAAGAGGAGAGGAGCAGAGAGAGAGGAGCAGGUCAAAGAGGAGAGGAGCAAGUCAAAGAGGGAGAGGAGCAGGUCAAAGAGGGAGAGGAGCAGGUCAAAGAGGGAGAGAAACAGGUCAAAGAGGGAGAGGAGCAGGUCAAAGAGGGAGAGGAGCAGGUCAAAGAGGGAGAGGAGCAGGUCAAAGAGGGAGAGGAGCAGGUCAAAGCGGGAGAGGAGCAGGUCAAAGAGGGAGAGAAGCAGGUCAAAGAGGGAGAGGAGCAGGUCAAAGAGGGAGAGAAACAGGUCAAAGAGGGAGAGGAGCAGAUCAAAGAGGGAGAGGAGCAGGUCAAAGAGGGAGAGGAGCAGGUCAAAGAGGGAGAGGAGCAGGUCAAAGAGGGAGAGAAACAGGUCAAAGAGGGAGAGGAGCAGAUCAAAGAGGGAGAGGAGCAGGUCAAAGAGGGAGAGGAGCAGGUCAAAGAGGGAGAGGGAGAGGAGCAGGUCAAAGAGGGAGAGGAGCAGGUCAAAGAGGGAGAGGAGCAGGUCAAGGAGGGGGAGGAGCAAGUCAAAGAGGGAGAGGAGCAGGUCAAAGAGGGAGAGGAGCAGAUCAAAGCGGGAGAGGAGCAGGUCAAAGAGGGAGAGGAGCAGGUCAAAAGAGGGAGAGGAGCAGAUCAAAGAGGGAGAGGAGCAGGUCAAAGAGGGAGAGGAGCAGGUCAAGGAGGGAGAGGAGCAAGUCAAAGAGGGAGAGGAGAAGAUCAAAGAGAGAGAGGAGCCGGUCAAAGAGGGAGAGAAACAGGUCAAAGAGGGAGAGGAGCAGGUCAAGGAGGGGGAGGAGAAGUCAAAGCGGGAGAGGAGCAGGUCAAAGAGGGAGAGAAGCAGGUCAAAGAGGGAGAGGAGCAGGUCAAAGAGGGAGAGAAACAGGUCAAAGAGGGAGAGGAGCAGAUCAAAGAGGGAGAGGAGCAGGUCAAAGAGGGAGAGGAGCAGGUCAAAGAGGGAGAGGAGCAGGUCAAAGAGGGAGAGAAACAGGUCAAAGAGGGAGAGGAGCAGAUCAAAGAGGGAGAGGAGCAGGUCAAAGAGGGAGAGGAGCAGGUCAAAGAGGGAGAGGAGCAGGUCAAAGAGGGAGAGGAGCAGGUCAAAGAGGGAGAGGAGCAGGUCAAGGAGGGGGAGGAGCAAGUCAAAGAGGGAGAGGAGCAGGUCAAAGAGGGAGAGGAGCAGAUCAAAGCGGGAGAGGAGCAGGUCAAAGAGGGAGAGGAGCAGGUCAAAGAGGGAGAGGAGCAGAUCAAAGAGGGAGAGGAGCAGAAGGAGAAGAUCAAAGAGAGAGAGGAGCCGGUCAAAGAGGGAGAGAAACAGGUCAAAGAGGGAGAGGAGCAGGUCAAGGAGGGGGAGGAGCAAGUCAAAGAGGGAGAGGAGCAGGUCAAGGAGGGAGAGGAGCAGGUCAAAGCGGGAGAGGAGCAGGUCAAAGAGGGAGAGGAGCAGGUCAAAGAGGGAGAGGAGCAGGUCAAAGAGGGAGAGAAACAGGUUAAAGAGGGAGAGGAGCAGGUCAAAGAGGGAGAGGAGCAGGUCAAAGAGGGAGAGGAGCAGGUCAAGGAGGGAGAGGAGCAAGUCAAAGAGGGAGAGGAGAAGAUCAAAGAGAGAGAGGAGCCGGUCAAAGAGGGAGAGGAGCAGGUCAAGGAGGGGGAGGAGCAGGUCAAAGAGGGAGAGGAGCAGGUCAAGGAGGGGGAGGAGCAAGUCAAAGAGGGAGAGAAACAGGUCAAAGAGGGAGAGGAGCAGGUCAAGGAGGGGGAGGAGCAAGUCAAAGAGGGAGAGGAGAAGAUCAAAGAGAGAGAGGAGCAGGUCAAAGAGGAAGAGGAGCAAGUCAAAGAGGGAGAGAAACAGGUCAAAGAGGGAGAGGAGCAGGUCAAAGAGGGAGAGAAGCAGGUCAAAGAGGGAGAGGAGCAGGUCAAAGAGGAAGAGGAGCAGGUCAAAGAGGGAGAGGAGCAGGUCAAAGAGGGAGAGGAGCAGGUCAAAGCGGGAGAGGAGCAGGUCAAAGAGGGAGAGAAGCAGGUCAAAGAGGGAGAGGAGCAGGUCAAAGAGGGAGAGAAACAGGUCAAAGAGGGAGAGGAGCAGAUCAAAGAGGGAGAGGAGCAGGUCAAAGAGGGAGAGGAGCAGGUCAAAGAGGGAGAGGAGCAGGUCAAAGAGGGAGAGAAACAGGUCAAAGAGGGAGAGGAGCAGAUCAAAGAGGGAGAGGAGCAGGUCAAAGAGGGAGAGGAGCAGGUCAAAGAGGGAGAGGAGCAGGUCAAAGAGGGAGAGGGAGAGGAGCAGGUCAAAGAGGGAGAGGAGCAGGUCAAAGAGGGAGAGGAGCAGGUCAAAGAGGGAGAGGAGCAGGUCAAGGAGGGGGAGGAGCAAGUCAAAGAGGGAGAGGAGCAGGUCAAAGAGGGAGAGGAGCAGGUCAAAGAGGGAGAGGAGCAGGUCAAGGAGGGGGAGGAGCAAGUCAAAGAGGGAGAGGAGCAGGUCAAAGAGGGAGAGGAGCAGAUCAAAGCGGGAGAGGAGCAGGUCAAAGAGGGAGAGGAGCAGGUCAAAGAGGGAGAGGAGCAGAUCAAAGAGGGAGAGGAGCAGGUCAAAGAGGGAGAGGAGCAGGUCAAGGAGGGAGAGGAGCAAGUCAAAGAGGGAGAGGAGAAGAUCAAAGAGAGAGAGGAGCCAGUCAAAGAGGGAGAGAAACAGGUCAAAGAGGGAGAGGAGCAGGUCAAGGAGGGGGAGGAGCAAGUCAAAGCGGGAGAGGAGCAGGUCAAAGAGGGAGAGAAGCAGGUCAAAGAGGGAGAGGAGCAGGUCAAAGAGGGAGAGAAACAGGUCAAAGAGGGAGAGGAGCAGAUCAAAGAGGGAGAGGAGCAGGUCAAAGAGGGAGAGGAGCAGGUCAAAGAGGGAGAGGAGCAGGUCAAAGAGGGAGAGAAACAGGUCAAAGAGGGAGAGGAGCAGAUCAAAGAGGGAGAGGAGCAGGUCAAAGAGGGAGAGGAGCAGGUCAAAGAGGGAGAGGAGCAGGUCAAAGAGGGAGAGGGAGAGGAGCAGGUCAAAGAGGGAGAGGAGCAGGUCAAAGAGGGAGAGGAGCAGGUCAAAGAGGGAGAGGAGCAGGUCAAGGAGGGGGAGGAGCAAGUCAAAGAGGGAGAGGAGCAGGUCAAAGAGGGAGAGGAGCAGAUCAAAGCGGGAGAGGAGCAGGUCAAAGAGGGAGAGGAGCAGGUCAAAGAGGGAGAGGAGCAGAUCAAAGAGGGAGAGGAGCAGGUCAAAGAGGGAGAGGAGCAGGUCAAGGAGGGAGAGGAGCAAGUCAAAGAGGGAGAGGAGAAGAUCAAAGAGAGAGAGGAGCCGGUCAAAGAGGGAGAGAAACAGGUCAAAGAGGGAGAGGAGCAGGUCAAGGAGGGGGAGGAGCAAGUCAAAGAGGGAGAGGAGCAGGUCAAGGAGGGAGAGGAGCAGGUCAAAGCGGGAGAGGAGCAGGUCAAAGAGGGAGAGGAGAAGGUCAAAGAGGGAGAGGAGCAGGUCAAAGAGGGAGAGAAACAGGUCAAAGAGGGAGAGGAGCAGGUCAAAGAGGGAGAGGAGCAGGUCAAAGAGGGAGAGGAGCAGGUCAAGGAGGGAGAGGAGCAAGUCAAAGAGGGAGAGGAGAAGAUCAAAGAGAGAGAGGAGCCGGUCAAAGAGGGAGAGGAGCAGGUCAAGGAGGGGGAGGAGCAGGUCAAAGAGGGAGAGGAGCAGGUCAAGGAGGGGGAGGAGCAAGUCAAAGAGGGAGAGAAACAGGUCAAAGAGGGAGAAGAGCAGGUCAAGAAGGGGGAGGAGCAAGUCAAAGAGGGAGAGGAGAAGAUCAAAGAGAGAGAGGAGCAGGUCAAAGAGGGAGAGGAGCAAGUCAAAGAGGGAGAGAAACAGGUCAAAGAGGGAGAGGAGCAGGUCAAAGAGGGAGAGAAACAGGUCAAAGAGGGAGAGGAGCAGGUCAAAGAGGAAGAGGAGCAGGUCAAAGAGGGAGAGGAGCAGGUCAAAGAGGGAGAGGAGCAGGUCAAAGCGGGAGAGGAGCAGGUCAAAGAGGGAGAGAAGCAGGUCAAAGAGGGAGAGGAGCAGGUCAAAGAGGGAGAGAAACAGGUCAAAGAGGGAGAGGAGCAGAUCAAAGAGGGAGAGGAGCAGGUCAAAGAGGGAGAGGAGCAGGUCAAAGAGGGAGAGGAGCAGGUCAAAGAGGGAGAGAAACAGGUCAAAGAGGGAGAGGAGCAGAUCAAAGAGGGAGAGGAGCAGGUCAAAGAGGGAGAGGAGCAGGUCAAAGAGGGAGAGGAGCAGGUCAAAGAGGGAGAGGGAGAGGAGCAGGUCAAAGAGGGAGAGGAGCAGGUCAAAGAGGGAGAGGAGCAGAUCAAAGCGGGAGAGGAGCAGGUCAAAGAGGGAGAGGAGCAGGUCAAAGAGGGAGAGGAGCAGAUCAAAGAGGGAGAGGAGCAGAUCAAAUAG